AUGGGGAACUCUCUGCUGAGGGAAAACAGGUGGCAGCAGGACACUCAAGAAAUACCCUGGACUCUGAAAAACCAAAGCUUCGAACAGAGAACAUCCGGGUGCUGGGACCGCUAUGUUGCCGAAAGGUGUUUCUGCCUUCCAUGGUGGAAAAAAGUACGCAUUUGUAAAGCAAAGCCAGAUUCCUCAAAGGAGAAUAAAGGAAUGUCAUCUGCUCCCAUGCAGGACGAUGCUGAUCAGAGCUCCUCGGAGGAUCUCUGCUACACCCUCAUUAAUCAUGGCGUCCUUGGGAGAAGGCCGUCAGGGAUCUCCGGUGAGGGGUGCUAUGAGAAUGUUUCCCCCAAGACCAAGACAUCCAGGAAGUCCUUGGGAGAAACCGAGACUUCAUACACACUUCUCCGGGUGCCUUCCUCCCCAAGGCAUUUGUCUUCCCCAGAAGAUGAAUAUGAACUUGUAGUCCCUAGGAAAAUCUUCUUCCACUCCCUGCAACAGCCACAUCUACCUCUGCCACCGUCGAAGACUCAGGUUUCCUAUUUAUAAUGAAAUAGUUGGACCAGCACUUGUCUAAUACCAGUAAAUAAAAACUGGGGGUGCGGGGCUCUGGUUGAAGCAGGUGUGGGGUCUAGAGCCCUUCAGGCUUACCCCCCUCCACACACAGAACAGCCCUUGCUACAGGGGUCUCUGCAGAAUCUGGUUUGCCAACCACAGGGCCUCUUAGAUCCAGCUCAAUAUUCAUCAUCCAAAGACCAACCACCUAUCCCGAACACCGCUCUUUGAGAACGGAGUGGCCAUCUUUGAUUCCAAAUGGCUUUGGAAAAGGACCACUUAGCUCAGUGGAGGGAGGGGCUUCUUGGUCCCCUACAGCUAUGAGCAUCACAAAGGGUCUGCUCCUCUGUCCAGAUUCUUCUCCAUAAAAUGUCCACAUGAUUGUCUCCUGGAGUCACAAGGAAGCCUUAUCCAUCGUACUAAGUGUGCCAAGGGGUUCCACUGGUUCCACACAUGUUUGAAGGCCCAACCCCUCACUCCAAGCCUUCCAGGUGGCAACCUGUGUGUUCUCUCACCCUGUGCCACUUAGCCGUGUCCUUUGCAUCGUGUCCUUUGACUUGUUGACCCUUGUGGUUUUGUUGGUUAUGUGAGUUGAAUCAGUAAGUUCUAUAUCAGGUUUUUAUAUAAUUUUUAAUAUAAUUUUAGUCCAUAUUUUUUAACCUCGUGUUUCUCCCUAGAAAUCUUAAGAAAAUCACAGCAUUAGAGAAUGGUAGAGUAGAAAGACCUAUGGAGACACUCUAAUCCCAUUAUCCUUUUUGCUCAGAGAGAAGUAACGCAAUGUACAUUGCAAGUUAGUGACAGAACUUUAUCCAGAGCCUGAUUUCCUGGUUUCCAAUUCAGCACUCUUCCAACAUACUACCUAGAAGAGCCUCUACUCAACUGUGUGGUGUGUGUGUGUGGAUGAACUAAUAUGUCAUGUAUAAAAUAUGAAAAAAGUCCAUAUGAGAAAAAUGACACACACACAUCCCCACACACAUACCCCUUCUCUAAUGAGCCUGUCUCUGUGUGUUCUGAUUAUUUUUCCUACUUUUUUCUUCAUUAUUCCUAGAAUUCCAUCUAUCCCCUAAAA